AGGCCUAAAACCCGCCACGAACGAACCUUUGGUGGAUUCAGAGAGCUUCAAAUCAAAAGGAUUCUGGAGAAGACCGUUCCUCGGUUCCUGUGCCGGACGCUUUAGUUUAGACUUGAUUCCCUCUUAAAUCUUUUACUCCAACCUCUUUUAAAAGAUUUCGUUCCAGUCUUUUCUUUUCUUUGAAACCUUACUGUCCGAAGAGCUGCACGGACAACGACGUAUUAAUGUCCGAUUCAGGAUCAAGAGCCUGAGGUCCCUACAGACCCAACCCCAAACAGAACGCAGAGACAUGGUGGCUGGUAAGGUAAGAAUGGCGAUGGGGUUGCAGAAGUCGCCGGCAAAUCCAGACCAAAAUAACUCUCCCAAGCCGCCAUUGCCGUCACCGAGCUCGGCCGGGAAGAACAGUUCGCAGAAAACGGUUUUCUCGCGUUCUUUUGGUGUCUACUUUCCGCGGUCUUCGGUUCAGGUGCAGCCUCGCCUGCCGGACGUCACGGAGCUACUCCGUCUGGUGGAGGAGUUGCGCGAUCGCGAGUCCAAGCUCAAGACCCAGCUUCUCGAGUUCAAGCUGUUGAAAGAAUCGGUUGCUAUAGUACCUGUACUGGAGAAUGAGAUUGACGUGAAAAAUGCGGAGCUGGAGCGAGUCUCGAAAGAGAAUGAGGAUUUGAGAUGUGGAAAGGAAGCAUUGAAAAUAGAGGUGGAAGAAAUGAAGAGAGGGACUGAGGCGGAGAGAAAGGAAAGGGAAGAGAAAAUGAGAGAACUAGAAGCGGAGGUAGCAGAGCUGGAAGCAAGAAGAAAAGAAAGCGAAAAAAAACAGAGGGAAAUGGAAGCGGAAAUUGAAGAGACAGAGACGAACAGAAAGGAAAGCGAAAGAAAAAUAAAGGAAAUGGAAGCAGAGAUUGCAGAGCUGAAGAAAAUAGCAUCUGAAAAAGGCAGAGCAGAGAUGACACCCGAGAGUGAAGAGCUUUCUUCGUCGCUGAGGUUUCAAGGUCUAAUGGAGGUUAGCAUGAAAUCGAAUCUGAUAAAGAGUUUGAAGAGAACAAACAGUUGCAGGUAUAAUGACAUCAGCUUAAAUUUGGAGAAUCAGAGAGUUGAGAACUCAGAUUUCAGAAGGGAAGAAACGGAGUGUGAAAGACGGAGGCACUCCCAGUGUAACCCUGAGGAACUCACUGAGUCGACUCUGUCUAAUCUCAGAUCUCGCGCUCCUCGAAUUCCAAAACCACCACCGCGACCGUCAUCAUUAGGGUCGUCAACAUCGACAUCGUCUAAUGCCUCUUGCGAUUCCACGGAGAGCAAAGGUUCAACGGAGAGGUCAUUUCCUCCUCCUCCUCCUCCUCCUCCGCUGCCGCCACCUUCAGCGAAACUGGGUCCUCCUCCACCACCAGUGAAGGCCGCGCCUCCACCUCCUCCUCUUCCUCCAAAGGGAACAAGAGCGACUGCGGCGAAGGUGAGGAGAGUUCCCGAGGUAGUGGAGUUUUACCACUCGUUAAUGCGGAGGGACUCACGGAGAGAUUCAGGCGGCAGCAAUGUGGCGGAAGUUUUGCCGGUAAUCGCCAAUCCACGUGACAUGAUCGGAGAGAUUGAGAAUCGGUCAGCGCAUUUGCUUGCGAUAAAGACAGAUGUAGAGACACAGGGAGACUUCAUAAGGUUUUUGAUUAAAGAAGUUGAGAAUGCUGCAUUUACAGACAUUAAGGAUGUUGUGCCUUUUGUCAAGUGGCUUGAUGAUGAGCUCUCAUACUUGGUGGAUGAAAGGGCAGUUCUCAAACACUUUGAUUGGCCAGAACAGAAGGCUGAUGUAUUGAGGGAGGCAGCAUUUGGGUAUUGUGAUCUCAAGAAGCUGGAGACUGAGGCUUCAUUAUUUCGUGAUGAUCCUCGGCAGCCUUGUGGUCCUGCUCUCAAGAAGAUGCAGUCCCUCCUUGAAAAAUUGGAGCAUGGUGUUUACAAUCUUUCUCGAAUGAGGGAAUCUGCUACCAAGAGAUACAAAGAAUUCCAAAUUCCUAUGGAUUGGAUGCUAGACACUGGAAUUGUAAGCCAGAUUAAGCUAGCAUCUGUAAAAUUAGCAAUGAAGUACAUGAAAAGAGUAUCAGCAGAGCUUGAGAUUGUGGGUGGUGGCCCUGAAGAAGAGGAGCUGAUUGUUCAAGGGGUUCGAUUUGCAUUUCGUGUACAUCAGUUUGCAGGAGGUUUUGACGUGGAAACAAUGAGGGCGUUCCAGGAGCUGAAAGCCAGAUCGUGCCAUGUACAAUGCCAAACCCAGCAACAACAAAAAUUUGUAUGCAGGUCUAUGCCAUGCUAAUCUGUAGCAAGCUCAGGUUCAGCAUGCCACCAGUUUAUUGUUGUAAAGAUAGAAUAUUAAUAUGUUUGUGAAUACAACUGCCACAUUGAAUUAAAUUUUAUUCAGAUCAACCCAUAACUAGUUUCUUGCUUCUGUAGCAUAAUCUCUCGAAAAAGGGCAAUUUCAACCGGAAUUUUCACCUAUGUUCCUUAGAGCCUGUAGCUUAGCUAACAGUACCGGUGCCAUGCUGCCCAUGCUAGCGGAAAUGUCACGUACUACCAUGCCUGUAAUUAACUUUCUAGCUGAUGUAACAGUUGUGACUUGAAAGUUGAGAAUAAUGUUUUUAUUUCACA